GUCCAAAUUGUGAAAUCCCUAUCGGCACAUGGUCUGCGUGGUCGUCUUUGUCUCGAUGUCUCCCUCGAGACUGUGGUCUAACGCGUUACCGCUGGCGUCGGCGUCGCUGUUUGAAUUCUACCAGUCGUGAAGAUCUGCUCGGUUUGGGUAGAAAAAGCCGUUCGCUAGACAACGAAUUACUGGCAAAAUAUACCCCGACAAUACGGUGCACUGGAACAUCAGAGG